GCUCUGGCGGUUCAGAGGGUCGACUGUGAGGAAAGUGAGUGAGUAGCAGGAGCGGAGUGGGUGAACCGCGGAUGAAAGAAACUGGUAUUUGAGUGGUAGUCCUCCCUCGAGUGUGAAGAUGACUAAGCUGGGUUUCCUCCGGCUGUCCUACGAGAAGCAGGACACGCUGCUGAAGCUCCUCAUCCUGUCCAUGGCAGCCGUGCUGUCGUUCUCCACCAGGCUCUUCUCCGUACUGAGGUUCGAAAGCGUCAUCCAUGAGUUUGAUCCGUAUUUCAAUUACCGCACCACCCGAUUCUUGGCAGAGGAGGGCUUUUACAAGUUUCACAACUGGUUCGAUGACCGGGCUUGGUAUCCACUUGGGAGAAUCAUCGGUGGCACCAUAUAUCCUGGUUUGAUGAUCACCUCUGCAGCUCUUUACCACGUGUUGCACUUUUUCCACAUCACCAUCGACAUUCGCAACGUGUGCGUCUUCCUCGCUCCGCUCUUCUCCUCCUUCACUGCCAUCGUCACCUACCACCUCACCAAGGAGCUCAAGGAUGCGGGUGCUGGACUCCUGGCUGCUGCCAUGAUUGCAGUGGUGCCUGGAUACAUUUCCCGUUCGGUUGCAGGCUCCUAUGAUAACGAAGGAAUUGCCAUUUUCUGCAUGCUGUUGACCUACUACAUGUGGAUCAAGGCGGUGAAGACAGGCUCCAUUUACUGGUCAUCCAUGUGUGCCCUGGCUUACUUUUACAUGGUCUCAUCAUGGGGAGGUUAUGUGUUCCUCAUUAACCUGAUUCCUCUGCACGUGCUGGUCCUGAUGCUGACUGGGCGAUUCUCCCACCGAAUCUAUGUGGCCUACUGCACUGUGUACUGCCUGGGCACCAUCCUGUCCAUGCAGAUCUCUUUCGUAGGAUUCCAGCCUGUGCAGUCGUCUGAGCACAUGGCAGCCUUUGGAGUGUUUGGUCUGUGCCAGAUCCAUGCCUUCGUGGACUACCUGCGGAGCAAACUGAAUGCCCAGCAGUUCGAGAUUCUCUUCAAGAGCGUUAUUUCCCUGGUCGGCUUCGUCCUGCUCUCUGUGGGAACCGUGCUUAUGUUGACUGGGAAGAUUUCUCCAUGGACGGGUCGUUUCUACUCCCUGCUGGACCCGUCCUACGCCAAGAACAACAUCCCCAUCAUUGCCUCUGUCUCUGAGCACCAGCCCACCACUUGGUCCUCGUACUAUUUUGACCUGCAGCUGCUGGUCUUCAUGUUCCCCGUGGGCCUGUAUUACUGCUUCAACAACCUGUCUGAUGCCAGAAUUUUCAUCAUCAUGUAUGGUGUCACCAGCAUGUACUUCUCAGCCGUAAUGGUGCGUCUGAUGCUGGUUCUGGCUCCAGUCAUGUGCAUCCUGUCAGGAAUUGGGGUUUCUCAGGUGCUCACCACUUACAUGAAGAACCUUGACGUCAGCCGACCUGACAAGAAGUCCAAGAAGCAGCAAGACUCCACGUAUCCCAUCAAGAAUGAGGUUGCGAGCGGGAUGAUAUUGGUCAUGGCUUUCUUCCUGAUCACAUACACCUUCCACUCCACCUGGGUGACCAGUGAGGCUUACUCCUCGCCCUCCAUCGUGCUUUCGGCCCGCGGAGGCGACGGCAGCCGCAUCAUCUUUGACGACUUCAGGGAGGCUUACUACUGGCUCAGACACAACACCCCAGAGGAUGCUAAAGUUAUGUCCUGGUGGGAUUAUGGCUAUCAGAUAACAGCCAUGGCUAAUCGGACGAUUCUGGUGGACAACAACACUUGGAACAACACGCACAUCUCUAGAGUCGGCCAGGCUAUGGCUUCCACAGAGGAAAGAGCCUAUGAGAUUAUGCGGGAGCUGGACGUUAGCUAUGUCUUGGUGAUCUUCGGUGGACUGACUGGAUAUUCAUCUGAUGACAUAAACAAGUUCCUGUGGAUGGUGCGUAUCGGAGGCAGCACUGAUACGGGGAAGCACAUCAAGGAACACGACUAUUACACUCCCACAGGGGAGUUCCGCGUGGACAGGGAAGGCUCUCCUGUCCUUCUCAACUGCCUUAUGUACAAGAUGUGCUACUACCGCUUUGGCCAGGUCUACACGGAGGCCAAACGCCCUCCUGGUUACGACAGGGUUCGUAACGCUGAGAUCGGCAACAAGGAUUUCGAGCUGGACGUCCUGGAGGAGGCUUACACUACAGAGCACUGGCUGGUCAGGAUAUACAAGGUUAAAGACCUUGACAACCGAGGCCUUUCACGAACAUAAAGCCAAGACGCACAAAAUUCACACACCUUCUGACCAUACAUACAGCACUGAAAGCCUUCCCCUGUGAUCUGAAGACCGGUGUGGAUACUUUUUAUACUUCUGUUGUAAUUGCAAGAAGAGAUUUUUGUUGUCUUUUUUUUUUUCCUUUUUUUUUUUUAAAAAAAAAUUUGAUUUACAAAUGUGACAUCUCUUCUCAAACGGAGUGAGGUGUCAACGUCCAAGAAACUGUGUACGUAAUGGCCAACUAAUUUCUCUACAAACGGGGUAAUAAAUGGAGUGAGUGGGACAAA